AUGUACCGGAAAGGAGACGGAGUAGGCAAGAAUGACGAAAAGAGUGAGGAGUUCAAGAAGAAGGCGCUUGACCUUCAAGACCAGUACAAGGAACAAAUGCAGAUUCAAUUCCAGCAAGGAACUAAGCCAGUUUAAAGUUAUCUAUUAUUUAUUUAAUUUUCAAAAGUGUUUUAGCACUUGUCUUUAUACCUAUUUGUGAUAGUCGGGAUAUAGCUAAUAUUUAGUUUUAUAUAUGUACAGUGCAUGUAGAAAUUUUGUAAAUUAUCUGUACAAAGAACUUUUUUUCUCUUUUGUCAAAGUAUGAAGUGUUUUUAUCAUAUUUAUGAUUAGAAAUGUCGAGAAUUACAAAAAAAACAUAUGACAUACAUUAUUCAUUUCUCAUAUUUUUAGUAUGGGAUUUGGGUAAAUAUAAUAUACGUAACUGUGGAACUAGAAUCUUGUAAAUGUGGCAUUUGACAUUGUUAAUAAACGAAUAAGAAAAAAAUGAAUAUAAAGACUGAUUUUUCCAAAUGCAAUAAUGUUCAAGUUGUCCAUUGCUACUCCUCAAAACUUUGGGCACAAAGAAGAAAAAUAUACAAGAGAAUAAGGGAAAAUCUGAAAGAGACAGGACCAAGAAACACCAGACAUAAGGAAAGUAAGAGACAGGAAAUCAAGGGAAAGACAGAGUGAGGGAAAAGACAUGCAAGGAGAUUGAAUCCUACAUGCCAACUCAAAAAGAAAGAAAGAAAGAAAAAAAAACAUAAAACAAACAAGCAAAUUUGCCAAAGCAAAAAUGAAAGAAUAGCAGCACAUCAAGUAAUUCAGUACAAACAGAGUUUGGCAAUCCGAAAGUCUUUAAAAGAAAUUACAGACUGAAUCAUGAUAUUUAGGUCAUUUUCAACUUUAUUUGUUUUACAUCUUGAAAUGAAAGUAAAAGGCAAGAAAUACCAUAUGUUAAAAAAAAACAUCGAGAGGCAAAAGAUUUUAAAAUGAAAUCAAAUGAAUGCAGUAAUGUCACAUGGCUAGGUUAAAGCUAAAAUAAAAAGGUGGAAAAUGUUGAUAUUAAUAAUGCAGGAGACUUUGAAGAAAACUCUCGUCCAUUAAAGGUACGAUUUACAUUCACAUUAAGUUUUGGUGCCAAACUCCACAUCUUUGAUGUAAUCAUUAGGCAUAUAAUAGAUUACUUUUUAAGAGAUCAUAGUAUAUUCAACCCUGAUAUAGUAGACCCAGUUAAUUUUCCUAGUUACCAUGCUGGUAUGUUAGGGUAUUAGGCAUUAGUUCCUUCAGUAUCCUCACCUUAUAUAUAACCUUUGAAGAUGCUCAGACUAAAUUCUGAAAAUGAAAUGCAAGAUAAAAUUAUUGCAUCUGGUAGUGCCUUUGAGAAAUAUGGAAGUCACAGGGUCACAGUAAUCUGUAAUAUCAUUUUCUGCUGUGUAAUGUUUAGGGCUUGACAUUUUGUAAUUAUUUUUUUCUUGUAUUUAUAGAUAUUGUAUUGCUUUUUUUCUCAUUACCAUUUGUGUAAAACGAACUACAGCCUAAUGAAAAUCUUCCAUGUAGGAGCAAUGUCUAAUAUUUUUAACUGGGUUGUAAGACUAUCACACACACACACACACA